AUGACCAACGAAGAGAAGCAGAAAAUUAUGCGACAACUUGGUUGCUACGCUCGUCAGUUAUUGGAUCUACGCUUUCCGACAAUUGGAUCUCUCUUUGAGGGCGACCGGGGAUAUUACAUCGACAAGUGUCUCUCCCCAGGGCAUGUUCCCGAAGACCGGGGAAUGAUCGAGGACGUCCCGCGUGGUCCUUUCUAUGACGAAGCAGACUAUUAUUCCUCCCUCGCCAUAGCCCUUCGUCUCCAUGCCAAGCGGCUUCCGAUGGGCCACCAUGUCCUCCGUGCCCCUGUUCCUGUCCCACAAGAAUACCACGACUUCGCCAAGUACUACGCUGCGACAGAUCGCUGGAAUGACUUUGUGGCCCUUGGAGGGAUGGUGGACUCGAGCUCGAACCGAUUGCAGUAUUGCCUCGCGAGCCACCUCCUCCGAAAUUCUAUCAUCCCCCACAUGGUUCGUCCUGUCAGCCAGUCAGCCCCCGGCUUCCCCCUUUACCACCACGACAUCAGUGUCCAGAACCUUUUCGUUGACGAUGACUUGAACAUCACGUGUGUCAUCGACUGGGCAUUCUCCUCUACAGUUCCUCCAGCCCAGCUAUUCGCUACUCCAGGCCUACCACAUCCCAGAGACUUGGUGUUAGAUUCGUCCUUGGUAAAUGCCUUCCGCUCCGGUAUCGAAACCGAAAACAAAAAUAUCAGUGGUGGUAAAAUCGAGCCCAACUACUGGAAGGCCGGCCAGAUGGUCUCACGAUUCAUGCGCGUGGUCAACUUGGAUGCUUUACAGGAUUAUGACCAUAUCGAGGCACUCUAUGCGCUUGCCGGGGGACCUGUAACAUCUGGGCUUGACAGAAGCGACACCAAUAGUGUAUCGGCUAUAUUAGCGAGACGAGCCACGAGCCACGAUGCACUCGCACUAGCCUGUGAGCUAGCAGCUGAUGUUGAGCCUGGGAGUGAGAUCAGUCGGCGGGAGAAGGAGUACUUCGAUGCAGCUGGCGCUAAAAGACUAGCGAUAGCGCGCAAGGUGGCAUUCGCAGCCAAGAUGAAUCCGCGAUUUGUGGCGGAUGGGCGGCUGUGGCGUUGGGUCGAUGAAGUUCUGGAGUAUUACGAUAGGGAAUCUGACGCGUGGGAAAUUAUUUCGAAGGAGCCUCCGCUGGCGACUUGA